CCUGCCUUCACCAUGAAGUCCAGCGGCCUGUUCCCUCUCAUGGUGCUCCUUGCUCUGGGUGUCCUGGCACCCUGGAGUGUGGAAGGAGGCAAAAAUGAUGCUAUCAAAAUUGGAGCCUGCCCUGCUAGAAAGCCUGCCCAGUGCCUUAAACGUGAGAAACCAGAGUGCGGUACUGACUGGGAAUGCCCAGGAAAGCAGAGAUGCUGCCAAGAUACCUGUGGUUUCAAGUGCCUGAAUCCUGUUCCCAUUCGUGGACCAGUGAAGAAGAAGCCUGGGAGGUGCCUCAAAUUUCAAGGAAAAUGUCUGAUGCUUAACCCUCCCAAUAAGUGCCAGAAUGACGGCCAGUGUGAUGGCAAAUACAAAUGUUGUGAGGGCAUGUGUGGGAAAGUCUGCCUUCCCCCAGUGUAAGUCUGAUUCCUGACAUUUGGAAAUGGCUCUGGACCCGUGCUCUAUAUGUUCUGGAAACUACUUCCCUGCUUUCAGGUUUCCCGGUUCCGGGUUCCGGUGCUCUGGGGUGCCCAGGCUUGGACAUUUGAAUAAUGUUUAUUUCUGCCGCCAACAUCUCUUUUUUUGUCCCAUGUCAGCAUUCAUCAAGCCCUAAGGAAAUGCUGUUGGAGAGCAAAUAAAUAAAGGCAAUCAUUUCUCUAAGCACA